AUGUCCUAUCAGCCAUGGAAGCGCCGUCUUGAACAUGAUGGUCUCAUCCAACGCCUCCUCGAGAAACUUGAGGCAGCGCUCUCAGCCUCGUCCCCCAAGAUCCGGACUGGUCCGCGUAAUGUGCACCUUGGGGGACAUGUCGACUUUCCUCUCUUGACAAAUAUCGCGGCAGCAAUUGAGGACGCUAGUGAUGGGGGACAAAAGAGCAAACACGCCCCGGUCAUUGAGUCAAGCAUAAAAAGUGCUUUGUCGAGGAACAAGAUUGACUACAAUGACAUUUUCUCUGCCUUCAUGGAGGUGUCCCGGAUCGGGGAGGAAGACGAUGGCGAGCCUGAACAGAUCCCCGCCCCCGAAUUGCAUUCAGGAAAGGACGACUUGGCCGGCUACGAGAAGUACGCAAAGGCAUUGUACAAACUUCUCGUACGGUAUGGUUCUUGCAAUUGCGAGCGCCAAAAUUAUGACGACCACCACUGGGCCCGGCUUCGACUAAAGGCACUAUAUCAGGCAGAUAAGCACAACCAAAUAUCCUUCGACAUACUCCUUUCGGUUUUGCCAAACCCAUCUCGGACAGUUCAGUUCGAGUGGCAAGAUGUGCGAGUCUUCGUCCCCACCAGCAAGAACAAGUCGCCACGGAGAGUCCAAUGGGCAGAAGAACAUGCACUUUCUCUCCCGCGUCAGGCGAAUCAACUCGGAGGGACAGAUACCAAAACCUAUGAACGGAUCGAAACGUUAUGUACGCUCCUAUCCAGCCGAUGCGGGUCGCUCUUGUGUUUCCAAGCCGCCAGUGAUCACCUGAAGGUUCUGCGCGAGGCUACCGAUCUCGUGAGCCAUCAUACCGUCAGGCUUGAUGCCUCUCCGGGUCUUCAUCUCGGCCAAGUGCUCGAUCGGUUUCACAUGCGGCACGGAAUGAGGCCAGUUCUCGCAUACAUCCUAGCAAAAGCGGCCUGGUAUUACUACGACUCUGAGUGGACGAACAUGGGCAUGACCAAGAACAGCGUGUAUUUUAUGGGCGAGGCGCUCGAGGAUGAGGUCGUCUACUUUUGUAAGCCCUACCUUUCAGCUCAACUGCCACCGGGGGUCAGUCAAACCGUGGAAUGUCGCCAGGUUGUCGGCAUGAUUCAUAGGUACCCACGUAUUCUCGCUCUCGGCAUCAUGUUGGUCGAGAUCGCAACUGGGCAGCGGUUCGAGAUGGAGGGACAUCCUGAUCAGUGGGACCCAAGGACAUCCAAUCAACAACUUCUGAGUUUCCAGAAACUUGCCAGUAGCGGCGAGUUCCAUGAAGAUUGCAGGUUUCCGCGCUAUAAAACCGCGGUGAACAAGUGUCUCGACCCGAUGCUAUUCCGACACGCCCCGUUUAACCCCAGUGAGCCCACUGAGAACUUGGAAAAGAGGCGCUCCAUUUUCUACCACGAAAUCGUGGAUCCACUACGCCAGUUGAUCGAAGGAACAGGGUGGGAUGCCGAACUCGACGACUUCGAACGGACAGCCCUGGUCCCAAAACCCAGGGCAGUGAAGACUUCGAAACCUGCCGCACAAAUCAGCAUCUCGGAAAUAGCAACUCCACCGGUUCCUGAAAAGGACCCAUGGCUGGAGGAGGUGGCUGUUCUGAACACAAUGCUGAAGAGGGAAAGGAAAAAGAGUUCAACAAGAAGUGGCCCGUUUAAGAUUGCUAUUCUCGAUACGGGAUAUGACGAGAGUUCACCAUCAUUUGACCUUCCUGGUCGUUCCAGAAGGAUUAAGGAAUGGAGAGAUUUCGCCUGCUCGUCUCCCCACCCAGUUGAUACGGACGGCCACGGGACUCAUCUGCUCACACUUCUCCUGCAGCUAGAGUGUCCUGCCCAUAUCUACGUCGCACGCGUAACCGAGAAUAGCAAGACUCUUAAUUCAGCUGAAGCUAGUAUUGCUGAAGCAAUCCGAGUCGCUGGGUUGGAGUGGGAUGUAGACUUCAUCUCUCUGUCCUUUGGGUUCUCCAGGCACGUUCAAGGGAUUCGGGACGCCAUAGCAGAUGUAGUCCAUAACAAGCGGGGUGCGAUCACCUUCUUCGCAGCCGCCAACAACGACGGGUUCAACAGCAGGGAGAUGUUCCCGGCCAACCUAGGGGAGUCCGUCAUUUCGGUCCGAGGGACCAACAGGGCCGGCGGCUUCGAAUCCAAGUACAACCCGCCCACGACUUCUGAUGAACCUGUGUUUGGCACGUUGGGUGUCGACGUCUUAUCAGAUUGGCCAGGGUUGGAAACCGGAAAGCUCAUGUCAGGCUGUUCAGUUGCAACACCCAUCGCCGUUGCAAUUGCUGUUAUGCUUCUUGAGUACGCCGCGGCGAGGCCUCGGGACUUUGAACCGGGCGAUCUGAAACUCAUGCGCACCCGCCGCGGCGUUUUUGAGAUGUUUAAAGAGAUCAGCGUUCACGCAGGGGAUCAUCGUCAUUAUGUCGCACCGUUCAAUCUCUUCAGGCUCAGCGAGGAUGUGAGGUUGGCAAAGCUGAAGACAGCACUUGGGAGACACCCGGAAAAGUGGUAG